AUGGGACUGGCCAGAGUGUUUGAGAUGCACCACGCCUACCUGCAGCACGAAUGGGAGCGAGCCUACCGGGACCACCGGAAAAAGGUCCAGAACGCCAGGCCGCUCGUGGACAGCCGGGCCCCACCGACUUUCAGCCACCUCCGCCUGAAACUCAAGAAGCUGAAGCUCGAGGAGGAAAGGCUCUCCAUCAUCGACAGGGACAACCGCCUGCUCCUGGAGAAGAUAGCCUACAUCAUGCGAACCAAGGGACAGACUGACAACAGAAACGACUACCAGCACAGGAGCCUUAACAGGAGAAAAAGAGAAGAGGAGCUUCGCAGAGUGCAGAAGGAGAACCGAGCCGUUCUGGAAAGGCUCACCAGGGCGAAGCCGUGGCAUCAAGCUCACGGAUGGCAGGAAGACUGGGCAAGGAUGCAGAGGGACCGGGAUGCCAUUGGACAACGGCCUCGACGCUGGUAUCGUACACCAAGUGACCAGCAGGAGCUGAAAAUGAAAUCUAGCAGGGGCCUACCAAAGACUGUACCCAGACAAGUGACGUGGGCAGAGGGUGAGGAUUCAGAACCCAGCGUGGCAAGAGGAGACAACAGCGAUGCUGAGAGUGGUGACGGGAGAGCUGGCGUCGUCGCUGUGACUGGGUUCCCCCCGGUGCUGAAGGGUUAA